ACGCGAGUAGGAGAAUCUCCUAUCGGUCCGAACAUUUCAUUUCAUUUUUUUGAGAAAGUUAGUCGCGUUUGGUGUUGUUGGUGAUAAUUUCCUAUGGAACUACAUAGAAUGGCACAUUUUUUGGUUAUAUUGUUAUUUAUCUUUCAUUACAAUGCGUCGGGUGCAUCAAAUUACCCGGAUUACAGCAGUGACGAAAAAGAAAAUCCCUCAGAAGAAACUAAGUUCUUAUUCACACUACAAUCUAAAAUAAAUAUGCGACCAUACUAUGAUGUAUCAUUAGUCGGCAACUAUUACCGUCCGUAUCCACCGAUAGAUAAGAAAAAAUGUCCACUAUGCGAUAGUUCUAUAUAUCCUUAUUGCAGUGAGAAAUUGUUGCACGAUGCGUGCUGUUGUACAAAUCCUUACAUCCAAGAAUUACCUUAUCAGUGCAAAUUAGCCGAUUGUAGAUUUUUACAUGCUAACAGUUGCCGAGAACACAGACUUAUUGCCAAUUGUUGUUGUACCGAUGACUACCGUUCUUUAUUGAAAAGUUUUACGGAUAAACCCAUAUUAUCACCAGAUUUAAUUGACAAUGGACAGGAGAAAUUGAGCAAAAAUAUCUAACUAUGAGUU